GAUUCCUGUGGUUUUUUGACGUCAUACCGCUGACAACACAUCUUCCUUUCUCUCGCCAAUACUCAGAAAAAUAUUGUUAAAAAAGUGAUUUUUAGCCGUUUUUUGAGCAAUAGAAGCCUUUAAAUACAUAAAACAGAAUAAUGGGUGGCUCAGGUUCAAAGGAUGGUGAGCCUAAACCCAAACAUUGCUAUCAUUCCCCUUUGCCUAUUGACAAUGCACCAUAUAAUGGACCACGGCAAGCAUACUUGUUGUGUAAAGUUCAAGUCAAAAUGUCCUCAAAUGUAACCUUUGGAUUUACUGGUGGUCGGCCUAUGGUAACAGCAGAUAUAGAUUCCUACUACCCUAUGCUAGUCCAUUACUGUCAGCAAGGGUAUCUGUUAACAACCUUUUACCGAGUGCCAUUUGUUGCACAGAUGUCUGGGUUUGCUUCAGUGGUUGUUCCAUAUGAAGCAAUAUUUUGUAAACCAGCUGAUGGUUCACCACCAGAGGGAGGGAUACCAUAUGAGUUGAAAAUAGAGAAAUCAGUGAUGCAAAUCCAGGCUAUUAACUAUGGGGUAAUAACAGGACAAGGUACUACUGUGGCCAAUACUAGUGAUAUCAUACAAAAGAUAGCCCAGUACUCAUCGCGGGGUGGCAGGCUGGUAUGCGUAGAAAUGACUGGAUGUUAUUCUUCACAAGGCUUUUCAAAUGCUAUGAGAGGCAUAAGUGGAGAUAUGGGUGUUGAUUUAUUCUUCAAUGUGCCUCGUAUGCCCAAUCCACCAAUGUAUACAUACCAAGCCGUCAGUGUCCCUAUUGUCUUCAGGGCCCAUGUUGGGUUGGCUACUAGUGUUACUGUAGAGUGUGACUUCAUGGGUCAUUUUGCCCAUUACUUGAACCAAGGCUGGAAAUUGGUGGAGAUAUUCUUGGAUCAAGGCACACAUACUCAUGGAGGUUUUUCAAUGACAGCUCAACUCAAUUCAGUCUGGUUCUUUGAAAAAGAUUCUUCAAGACUUAAUGACCCAAGACCACAGUAUGAAGGCACUAUUAUUACCUAUCAACACAUCAUCAAGACUGCAUUUGGUGGGGUGAAAGUCAAAAGUGACUGGACACCACUCAUUCAGGAAAUGGGAGAGAAAGGCUGGGAACUGGCUUGUCUUCUAGAAACACCAGAACAACAGCGAACUGGUUUAAUGACAGCCCAAGUCAAAAUAUUACUGUUCUUCCAGAGAAGAAUCGUUGGCUGAGGUGUUGUUCCAAAGUAAUUCACCACUCAUGGCAGCUGGUUUUGUCAUAUUUAAUCCUCCUACAGCACAAAAAAUGUAAUUUAUCAUAUUAGAGUUUUUUGAACUGAUUUUGAGGUCAACUGUUGACAUAGAAUGGAAAUUGAAAUGAUGUACAUUUAAUGAGAAUUGGUGUUACUCCAAAUGAAAAAUGAAAGAAAUGAUGAUUGAGCAAAUGGACAAAUGAAUAAAUAUUUAUACAUUAAAACCUGUUGGCAGCUGCAUGAUACCCGCUGCUACCACGGGAGGAGGGGUAAGAAGCAGUUUGCAUGAUGACAUCGUCACUUUACUGCCACUGCAUAAUUAUUUACCACUAGAAUGAUUCACCGAUAUCAGUGUUUUCAUUUUCGGAUGAUUCUUUUAACUUUCAUUUCCUGGGACAAUGACAAGACAGAUUGCUAAUUAACUAAUCAGAAAAAAAUGUGCAAGAAGGAUUCUGGUAGUUGUAGUACAUGACAUAAUGCAUAUGUAUAUU